ACUUAAGCCAGAAGUCAGGAAUGGAGUCUAGCUUUUUCUCAUUGGUGGCAUCACUAGUGCUUCUCCAGCAUUAGCUGGGAGUUGGAAACUGGAACUGGCACUGGAAUUUGAACCUAGGCACUUUGAAGUAGAAGUAGGGUAUCUUAGCUGGCAUCAUAAACACCAAGAUGGAUGCCUGCCCUCUUUUUUAAAAUAUUUUUUUCUGCCAUAUUUGAAGUGACUUUGCAUGGUGUUUUUCUGGAAAUUCUUCUCUGGUUAUUCCCAACAUAGCUCCACUGAUGGUUUCUUGUCUUUUCACCUGAAUACAUUCUUCACCUUAACAUAGCUCAUUCAAGAGUCAAUAUUGUCUUCCUUUCAGCCUGCUGUGCAAUUCCCCUUGACAUAUGUGGCCCUUUGUGACCUGAAACUCCUGUUUUCUUCCAGUUGGGGCAUUUUUCACAAUCUUUAGACCAUAGGUUUGACUCCCUGCUGAAAGCUUCUGUGUGGUUGUCCAAAUGCUCAACAAGUCUAAAAUGAAACUACAUCCUUCUUUCUUCCUUCAUUCCUAUGUAUAAAAUAAAAAUGGUCAGUGUUUAUUUUGUGACAGAGUUAAUAUGUUGACCAGAAGUGUUCUAUUACAGGUGAUGCUAACAUUUGAAGACCUGGCUGUUUACUUUACCUGGGAGGAAUGGCAGAACAUGAACAAAGCUCAGAAAAUUCUGUACAGGGAUGUGAUGUUGGAGACCUACAGCAGCCUGCUCUCCUUGGGGAACUGCAUUACCAAACCUGAUUUGAUCUUUAAGUUGGAGCAAGAAGCAGAGCCAUGGAUGGUGAAUGAGUGCCUAAAUCAGAGCCUUCCAGUUGCCAUGAAAAGUGAUGACAUAAUUAGGACCAACAAGAAAAUUCAAGAAAAAAAAUUUAAUAACAUGGCAGAGAAACCUUAUGAAUGUAAUGACUGUGGCAAAGCCUUUGGCUCUAAGUCAGCACUCAUGAAACAUCAGAGAAUUCACACAGGAGAGAAACCAUAUGAAUGUAAUGUCUGUGGAAAAGCUUUUGGCCAAAAGUCACAUCUCACAGUGCAUCAGAGAAUUCACACAGGAGAGAAACCUUAUGAAUGUAAGGACUGUGGAAAAGUCUUUGGCUAUAAGUCACUACUCAUAACCCAUCAGAGGAUACACACAGGAGAGAAACCUUAUGAAUGCAAUGCCUGUGGAAAAGCCUUCGCCCGUAAGUCACAACUCAUGUCACAUCAGAAAAUUCACAUGGCAGAGAAACCUUAUGAAUGUAAUGACUGUGACAAAGCCUUUGGCUCUAAGUCAGCACUCAUGAAACAUCAGAGAAUUCACACAGGAGAGAAACCUUAUGAAUGUAAUGCCUGUGGAAAAGCCUUUGGCUGGAUGUCAGCACUCAUCGAACAUCAGAGAAUUCACACAGGGGAGAAACCUUAUGAAUGUAAUGACUGUGGAAAAACCUUCAACCGUAAGUCACAUCUCAUAAGUCAUCAGAGAAUUCACACAGGAGAGAAACCUUAUGAAUGCAAUGGCUGUGGAAAAGCCUUCGGCCAGAAGUCAUAUCUCAGAGUGCAUCAGAGAAUUCACACACGGGACAAAGCUUAUGAAUGUAAUGACUGUGGGAUAGCUUUUGGCUUGAAGUCAGACCUCAUCAAACAUCAGAGAAUUCACACAGGAGAGAAACCUUAUGAAUGUAAGGACUGUGGAAAAGUCUUUGGCUAUAAGUCACUACUCAUAACCCAUCAGAGGAUACACACAGGAGAGAAACCUUAUGAAUGCAAUGCCUGUGGAAAAGCCUUCGCCCGUAAGUCACAACUCAUGUCACAUCAGAAAAUUCACAUGGCAGAGAAACCUUAUGAAUGUAAGGACUGUAGAAAAGUCUUUGGCUAUAAGUCACAACUCAUGACCCAUCAGAGAAUUCACACAGGAGAGAAACCUUAUAAAUGUAAUGACUGUGGAAAAGCCUUUGGCUCAAAGUCACAACUCAUAAUACAUCAGAGAAUUCACACAGGGGAGAAACCUUAUGAAUGUAAUGACUGUGGAAAAGCUUUUGGCCAGAAGUCAAAUCUCAUAAGUCAUCAGAGAAUUCACACAGGAGAGAAACCUUAUGAAUGUAAUGACUGUGGAAAAGUCUUCAGCCAUAAGUCAGAACUCAUAGCCCAUCAGAGAAUUCACACAGGGGAGAAACCUUAUAAAUGCAAUGACUGUGGAAAAGCCUUUUCCAAGAAGUCACAUCUUGUAAUCCAUCAGAAAAUUCACACAGGAGAGAAAUCUUAUGAAUGCAAUGCCUGUGGAAAAGCCUUUGCCCAGAAGUCACAUCUCAUAAUUCAUCAAAGAAUUCACACAGGGGAGAAACCUUAUGAGUGUAAUGACUGUGGAAAAGCCUUCAGCCUUAAAUCACAUCUCAUGAUCCAUCAGAGAAUUCACACAGGGGAGAAACCUUAUGAAUGUAAAGACUGUAGAAAAGCCUUUGGGCAAAAGUCACAUCUCAAGGUCCAUCAGAGAAUUCACACAGGGGAGAAACCUUAUGAAUGUAAUGUCUGUGGAAAAGCCUUUGGCUCAAAGUCACAACUCAUAAUACAUCAGAGAAUUCACUCAGGGUAGAAUCCUUAUGAAUGUAAUAACUGUGAAAGAGUCUUCAGAUAUAAGUCACAGCUCAUAAUCUAUAAGAGAAUUCACACAGAAGAGAUGCCUUAUGUAUGCAUUCCCUGUAGAAAAUUCUUUCUGUGAAAAUCCCACCUUGUCAGAGAAUUCACAUAAGGGAGAAACAUGAGUGUAAUGACUGUGGGAAAACCUUUGGCCAGAAGUCACAACUUACAAUACUGCAGAGAAUUCACACAGGUGGCCAUGGGUUUAUCAUAAGUUGCCUUGAUUGUGUUGAGAAAUGCUCCUUUUAUACUCACUUUAAAGAUUUUUACCAACAAAGGGUAUUGUAUUUUUUCAAAUGCUUUCUCUGAAUCAACUGAGAUAAUCAUAUCACUUUUGUUCCUCAGUUUGCAAUGGGAAGAAUCACAUUUAAUGAUUUGGAAAUGUGGAACCAUCUCUGCAUAUAGUGAUAAAUACCACUUGUUCCAGGUGAAUGAUCUUUUCUGAUGUGUUGUUGGUUUCAAUUAGCUAGUAUUUUGUUGAGGAUAUCUGCAUCUGUGUUCAUCAGAGAUAUUGGUGUGUAGUUCUUUCUCUAUUAUCUUUUUCUGGUUCAGGAAUCAUGAUGCUGGCUUUAUACAAGGAUGUUAGGGGUACUCCUAUAAGGAAAAGGCAGAAGAAACAGAAAGGAGACUGGAUACAAAUGCACAGCAAGUCUGAAUUUAUUCAAAGAAAAUUAACUCAUAGUGGUUGAUCAGUUGCCAGUGUAAACAUAGAAUAAAUACAUGGCUUGAGGGUCAAGACUUCAGGAUUUGGGCAUUUUUAUAUCUUAGGCUGGCUAUGGGUGGGGGUGGUGUUAAAAGUUGGAGAUGAAUUCCUUUAUACAGGAUCUUCAAGUUUGCUUGUACCAAACCAGUGGUUGAAUGCAGGGAUUUGGGUGGAGAAUAAUAGGGUGUGAGAGUGAAUUGGGAUUCAGUGACAGGGGAUGGCUUCAUGACUCAAUAUUGGUAGAUUGUGUCCAGGAAUCUAUCCAUUUCUUCUGCAUUUCCCAAUUUUUGACAUACAGAACUUUGUAACACUUUCUGGUGAUUCUCUUUAUUUCUCUGGUAUCUGUUGGUAGAUCUUGUUUUUGUCUCUGAUUUUACUUAUUUAGGCCUUCUCCUUUUUUUUUUGUUGAUCAGUUGUGCCAAUAAUGAAUGGAUUUUGUUUGUUCAAAAAACCAGCUCUUCAUUUUACUGAUCUUUUGUAAGUAAUUUGCAGUUUGGGCUGUUGUUUUUCUUGGUCCUUGAGAUUCAUUAAUAGCUCAUUUGUUUAACACAUUUCCAAUUUCUUCAGUAGGCACCAGUUGCUCUAAACUUCCCUCUUAACACUGCUUUUGUAUUAUCCCAUAAGUUUUGAUGUGAUUUAUUAUCAUCUUCAUUCAUUUCAAGAACUGUUUUGAUUUCUUCUAUGACCUACUGUUCAUUGAGGAGCAUGUUGUUCAGUCUCCCUGUGGUUGCAUAUGAUCUAGAGAUUCUUGAGUUGUUGAUUUCUAGCUUCAUUCCAUUUUUGUCAGAGAAGGUGCAUGAUUUGAUUUUCACUUUUUUUUAAAUUUGCUGAGACUUGCUUUAUGGAUGACCAUAUAGUCUAUUAAGAAAGUUCCGUGCACUGCUGAAAAGAAUGCAUAUUCUGCAAUGAUGGGUUGAAAAGUUCUGUAGAUAGCAGUUAGGUCCAAUUGGUCCAUAGUUUGAAUUAGUUUUGUUCUUGUUAAUUAUUUGUCUUGUGGAUCUGUUCAUUAAUGAUUUGGGUUGUGAAGUCCCCCAUUACUAUUUUAUUGGAGUCUAUGUUUCUCUUUGUAUCUUUAACAUUUCUUUUAACAUCAACAUUUCUUUUAAAUAGCCAGGACCCUAAGCAUUCUGUGCAUAUACAUUUAUUUAUACUCACAUCUUCCUGUUGAAUUGAUCCCUUAAUCAUUAUAUAGUGCCAUUCUUUGUCUCUUAAUAGUUUUUGUUGAAAGUCUCUUUUCUUUGCUAUUAGCAUUUCUGCAUCUACCCUUUCCUGUGUUCCAUUAGCAUAGAGAAUCUUUUCUUAUCCUUUCACUUUCAGUUUGCAUGCAUCUUUGUUCCUGAGAUGUGUUUCUUGCAGGCAGCAAGCAGAUGAAUUUUGUUUUUAAUCCAUUCAGCCAGUCUGUACCUUUUAACUGGAGAGUUGAAGCCAUUUACAUUCAAAGUGACUUUGCCCUGUGAUUGUUUCAUAAAUUUUCCUAUUGUUUACAUUGGAUAACUUUUGUUCUUUUGUUGAAGUAUUUUUUGCUUUCACUUUUUUUUUUUUUUACAGGCAGAGUGGACAGUGAGAGAGAGAGAGACAGAGAGAAAUGUCUUCCUUUGCCGUUGGGUCACCCUCCAAUGGUCGCCAUGGCCAGCAUGCUGCGGCCGGCACACCAUGCUGAUCCAAAGGCAGGAACCAGGUGCUUAUCUUGGUCUCCCAUGGGGUGCAUGUAAGUACUCCCUGGCCACAGCAGAGAGCUGGCCUGGAAGAGGGGCAACCGGGAUAGAAUCCGGCGCCCUGACUGGGACUAGAACCCAGUGUGCCACUGCCGCUAGGUGGAGGAUUAGCCUAUUGAGCCGCGGCGCUGCCAUAAAGCUUUCACAUUUUUUAAAUAUUUAUUUAUUUGAAAAGCAGAGUUAUGGAGAGGUAGAGGCAGAGGCCAGAGAGAGAGAGGGGGGUCUUCAAUCCACUGGUAUACUCCCCACAUGGCUACAAUGGUUGUAGCUGGACCAAUCUGAAACCAGGAGUCUGGAGCUUAUUUCAGGUCUCUCAUAUGUGUGCAGGGGCCCAAGGACUUAGGCCAUCUUCAGCUGCUUUUCUAGGCAUAUUAGCAGGGAGCUGGAUCAGAAUUGCAGCAGUCAGGACUUGAGCCAGUGUCCAUAUGGGAUGUUGGUGCUGUAGGUAGUGGCAUUAUCUACAAUACAGUGCUACAUUAUGCUACAAUACUGUGCCAGCCCCUCUCAUUCAUGAUGACUUUCUGUGUUUCUUAAUGUAGUAGACUGAAAAUUCUUCCUAGUUCAAUUAUGAAUGGUCUUCAUUUCACUGUCAUUCUUAAAUAAGAGAUUUGCAGGGUGCAGCAUUCUGGAUUGACAGUGUUGUUCUCUUAAGACUUAGACUAUAACCUGCCAUUCUCUCCUUGCCUACAGGGUUUCUUAUGAGAAGUCCAUUGUAAGUCUAAUUGGAGAUCCUCUGAAAGUAAUUUGAUGGUUUUUGUGUACAUUUUAGAAUCUUUUAUGUUUUACCAUUGAAAGUUUGACUACAAUUUUUCACUGUGAAUAUCUUUUUUAUUGGUUAUGUCCAUUAGGAGUUAUAUGUGGUUCCUGGAUUUGGACAGUCCAUUCUUUCUCCAAAUUGGGCAAUUUUUCUCUAUGUAUUUCAGUAAAUAGAUUUACUAAUCUAUUUUCUCUUUCCAUGCCUUCAAGACCAAUAUGUUGGGUACAAUAAUAGUAUCACAUAAAUCUCCAACAUUGUUUUCAAGUUUUCUAAUUUUUUUCU